GUCCAUGGAAUAGUCAGUCAGUCAAGUUAAUUGUACCAAACUAACAAAAUGAAAGCCACUUUCACCAUUGCCGCUGUGCUUUGCGCCUACCUGCUGGUCCACUCGGCCGUAGCAUUGCCCGUGUCGUCUUCUUCUUCUUCAUCUCCUGCUUCAUCAUCUGAAUCAGGAUCAGGAGAAGUUGUUGCUCAGAAGCCACAGGACCACAAGAGGAAGCUGCCACCAAUUGUCAUUGAUGCUCACAUGAAGGCCGAGGCCCACGUUAAAGUACCUGAAGAAGUUGCCGAAGCUCUACUCAAAUUGCUCUUCAAGUUGCAACAAGAAGAGAAGGAUAAGCUAGCAGGUACUAAACCCGAGAAGCCAUCAAAGGAUGAACAGCCACAGAGCGAUGAUCCAUCAGAGGUAGAGGAACCUGCAUCUGCUGAAGAGCCUGCAUCUGCUGAACAACCAGCAUCAGCUGAAGAGCCAGCUCAAAGUCAAGAACCAGCAGCUGAACAGCCAGCUCAAAGUCAAGAACCAGCAGCUGAACAGCCAGCUCAAAGCCAAGAACCAGCAGCUGAAGAGCCAGCUCAAAGCCAGGAACCAGCAGCUGAAGAGCCAGCUCAAAGCCAGGAACCCGCAGCUGAACAACCAGCAGCAGCUGAACAACCAGCAGCAGCUGAACAACCAGCAGCAGCUGAGCAGCCAGCAGCAGCUGAGCAACCAGCAGCAGCCGAACAGCCAGCAGCUGAACAACCAGCAGCAGCCGAGCAGCCAGCAACAGCUGAGCAGCCAGCAGCAGCCGAACAGCCAGCUCAGAGCGCACAGUAAAUUGGACUAAGUGAAUAGCGAUGCAGUCCGAUUGAAGCCGAAAUAACUGCAUAAUCGAAAAGUCUUAUAAAGAAACCUCUAGGGGUAGCCAAAUAAGAUGUUUUAUGAAUUUGUGUAGAGAUUUGGAAAUAAAAAAAUUAGUAUUGCAAAUACA